AUGCUCGAUCGAGUCGGGCCAGUUCUGGCCUUUCCAACGAACAUUCUAGCGAACAGCAUGUCUCAGAUCAUUUUGGAGCCGCCGCCGAUGAUAAAUGCAGCAUCUGCGUCAUAUCCAGUAGUCUGCAAAGGCUGCGGCGGAGAGAUUCUUGAACGAUAUCUGGUGCACAUCGCUGGUGAAUACUGGCACGAGGAGUGUGCAACGUGCUGUAUCUGCCUGGGUCGACUGGCGAAAAGCUGUUUUGUGCGCAAUUCUCGGUUGUACUGCCGUCACGAUUACCUUUCGUAA